AUGUCUAUGGCAAUUUCCACCGUCAUCUUUCAUCUCGAUCCCCUCAAUGAGAUACGCGCCAAGGACCGAGAAACCGUUUUGAAAGACAUGUCAAUCGUGAAGUCGAGUGACACGAGGGUGGGCCACCAAGAGCAUUCAGAUAAGCGGGACUUCACCAAGCAGUCAGAGAAGCUACCCGCGAGCCAUCAGGAUAGUGUGGAGCAAACGAACAGGGAUCAUCAUCUCAAUGCGUCGUCAAGCAAUCAUGACACUUUCGAUCCUGAGGAUAUCAUGCACCACGGAAAAUUAGAGAAUGCUUUGGAACAGAAGGCGUCACCCGAUCUGGAAGCGCAAUCGCAAAGUUUGAAAGUUCCAAUCCCAUUCAAAGCAGAGAAUGGGGAAAGAGAUUUUAUCUCAGACAUUCGUGAUCCUGUGACUGUGAUCAGCCACAGCGGCUCUUGCGAUGCCUUACAGGCCGAGUUAGACAUCGAGGACACACAAGCCGUCAACCACAAGACCCGCCAUGAUACCCGACGAUCGCCGGGGUCAGCCACGCAAAAGGCAGUAGACUUAACAAGAUCAACAUUUCCCUGCCACAGGGGUCCUCCUCACAGAUCGAGAGAGGAAGUUGACUGGAGCGAAGACUUGCGUCCGACAGACGAGGAUGAAUCACCCACGGAAGAGAAAAACUUUGCCCAAGGGCAACAUGCCACUGCGCUCAAGACAAAUUUGAAUGGAAACGAAACCAAAAAACGCCGUGCACCAAACGUCAAGCCGAGUAGGACAAAACGUAGAAAGGUGACGACCAAACAAAGGUCUUCCAAGGCCGCCUGUACCUCCAGCCUUGCCAUGAGGACCGAGACUUCGUCUGGACUUUCCAAAGCCGGCCAUCCGAUAUCACAGUUACAGGGGGAGCAUUUGCACGGCGCGUUUACAAGUGACUCCAUUCCAAGGCUUGUCGCUUCGUUCCCCAUGCUUGAUUCCAAUGACAACAAUCAUCGAAUCGUUGCAGAGGCGGCAGGUUAUAUUGAACUUUCGAGUAAUUCCUCAUUACCGCCAAAGUCAGCUAGUCCCAGAGGAGACGCCUGGCCUCCAUCUGGUGAGCAGCGAAAAUCAGAGAUACCGUUGCAUGGCCGAGGUGUUGCAGUCGGGCAGAAACUCAAAGAUGCGAUUUUCAAAGCCCAUUCAACUCGACAGGUUUCUCCCCUCUACGUUUGCUCCGUGGAAGAUCCCCAGUCGCCCAUUAUCAUCAAAAGCUCAUCCAUCGGCCCUGCCCUACCCGAUCGAUGUUCUGCAUCUCAAAAGGCUCCCUGCUCAGUUCCUGAACGGCAACGGGCCGGGCACCCUGGGCCUGACUUCAACCCCAAGCAUAAGGACCACAGCAAAAAAGGUGGACUUUCAGACCUUCACAAGAGCUUGCAAAGGAAUCCAUCAAGCGAGGUCCUCAUUCGAAAGCCUUCUGCCAUGUCUCCAAUGAGGCUGCCAGAAAUCUUAUCAGAGAAAGAAGGUUUGGAUCACAUCCACACAUUGGACGACUGUAAAGAGUCGACAUGGACAUCAAAUCGUAACUCAGAUGCGGUUGCCACACCAAAGAGGUUCGAAGCCCAUUCGGUUGAGCCCCUUCGGUCCACCCCAGACGACCAGCGCCCUGAGUACGCAUCUGCGGUCAAUCCUAAUAUCAGCCUACAGGAGGAGAGCCCAUCGAUACCCGGUAACAGGCCACCGCCGGUAUGUCGAACAAGUGAGAGCAAAGGUUCUUCAACAGAUCGGCAGGUACCCGCAGAUCCUCGUUUAGAAUGCUCAAAAUCAAUUGCACGGGGUAGCAUCGUAGACCUCAAUGGCAGCCCCCGAUUCUGUCCUCAAAAAGGCGUACAAGGUGCAAUCUGGGACCCACAAGAAACGGCGAAUAUUCGUUCUCGUGUGACCAACGACAUUAAUAUCUUCAGCUCCAGCUCCAGCUCCAGCUCCAGUGACUGCGACGAAGAUUCUGACUGCCACUGCGCCGGCAGCAAGUCUCAGGGCCGGAGGAGAUACUCCAAGUUCCAGCGAGACAUGUUCAUGGAAUACGGAAUCGAACCGACGGAACUUACGCCAGGUCCCAUGGUCAAGGCCAGAUUGGUCCGACCAGAUAUCAACGCAGGCACCUUCAAAGUUCAAUGCAGCGACCCAGAAAUUAGCUCGGAAAAGAAUGACCGCGUUGAUAGUAAAUGUGGUCGUAACGAGACAUCUAGCGACUGUGCAGCUACGCUGAUAAAAACUGACUUUGAGAUGUGCUUCGGAACUGUUCAGGGAAGAAGCACCCCCUCUGAAGCCCGCGAUAGCGCUAUUCGUGAAAAGUCUUCAGCCACAGAGGACACAAAUCUUGGGCCUGGUUCAAUUGGCUGGAAGGGCAUCUGCAGCGACAUGAACUGGAUCUCAAAACUACAGGCAGCCCAAGAGAAUGCUCAGAGCUUAUUGGUGAAAAAUAAUCAAGAUCUUUCAAAACAGCUUGCCGCGGAAAAGCAGACUCUGCAAAGCGUGUUGCAGAUCUACCGGCAAGGAUGCCAGCGCAUUCUCAAUGACGUAGCACGAGCGCAACAGACACGAAUGCAUCUACUGCAGCAGCAAGUCUGCCUUGUCAAUGAACAGCACGCUGAAAUUUGCCGAGAACUUAGACAAGAUCUCGAGGGCACCGAUGACAAGCUGUUCUAG